UGUACAAGCUUUUGUUCUAUAACCACUCGCAGCUUUCCCUGGUUACCCUUCAAAGUACGGCCGUCAAGCCCUAUCUCAACUCCCCUGUUCUCAGACCCUCUCAACAAUUGUGCACGCUUGACGAUCUUUUGGGCCGCUCUGACGGCUGGAGCUUAA